UCAUGUCAUGUGAGCUAUACCCUUCUCCCACGGAAGCGUUACUUCUUUUGUGGAUCCCACCAACAACUAAAGCCUAUAAGGUUCAAUUCUGCCUAUAUCAUCGACCUCUUGUUGUUCUUCGCCAUCUCUGAGCACUUCUUCUGCCUAACGAAAGCAAAGAAGCAAAGAUUUGAGUUAAUCGGCAUAAUGGACGAGUUAGGGAUCAUCGAGGAAGGUGUCGAUUGGAGGACCCGCCUUGGCCAGGAUAUUCGCGAUAGGGUAAAACGUGAUAUAUUGUUCAGCCUGCAGAUGAAAUUGCAAACAACUACUUCUACAACAUUGAUUGAUCUUCAAAAAGUUGCUGCUAGAAUAGAGGAGAGAAUCUACAAAAUAGCUAUUGACUUUGGUGAUUAUCUACGGAGGAUUAGUCUGAUAAAAGGCGAUUUGGAUGAUUCAUAUCCUCUGAUGUUGAACAAUUUUCUGCAUAUUCAUCAGCAAGCUUCAACCUCUUCAUUUUUCUUGCUCCAUCAGAAGAAUAAGCAGGGCCAAAUUAUCCAGGCAGAAGGAAAUGUUCAGGGGACAUCAUCUAGCAGCCACAAGGAACCCUCCCAUCCCCAUGGAAAAGAUAGGAUCAGCGAACUCCCAAAUGAUCUGAUCCACCACAUAAUGUCCUUCUUGUCGAUGAAGGAGGCGGUGCGCACGAGUGUCCUGUCCCACUGGUGGGUCAACAAGUGGACUUGCUUGCAGUCAAUAAAGCUUGAUAUAAAUUGGUUUCGCCUAGAUAGGGAAAAAUUCCGUAGUUCUAUUGACAAACUAUUGCUAAGCCGCGACCAUCUUGAUGCUUCUAUGGAUACAUUCCAGCUAGAUUCUUUUGCAGUGGACCGGGCCGGUUCUUGGAUCAACCAUGCUAUCAAGCACAACGCUAAAGUAGUUAAAUUUUCUGAGUAUCCAAGUUGGGAACCUUUUUACUUGGAUCCAGAACUUGUGGAGUUCAGUUCUCGGUAUCUAAAAACAUUGGAGCUGACUAAUGCAGCUCUAAAUGAGAUGGUAUUUGAUCGUCUCAAUAACGCAUGCCCGGUUUUGGAAAAUCUGGUACUAAAAGAGUGUUUAAUGGAGGUGCAACACAUUUCUUCAAGUUCACUACAAAAUUUGGAUUUGAUCGGUUGCUCUCUUCUCUAUAAUGUAAGCAUCUGUACUCCGAGUUUGGUCUCGUUGUGCAUCAAGGGUCAACAAACGGGCAGUUUUUCAUUUACAAACUCUUACCUGACAUUCACAACAAUCACUCUCGUUGAUGCUUCAGAUGUCACAAGCAUAGAGUUGACAGCUACUGAUAGACAGUUUACAUUCAUGGAACAACAAGGAAGUAGGCCGAUGUUUAGGAAUCUCAGAACCUUGCGCUUGGGUGAAUGGUGCAUGGCCGAUAAUUUCUUGCCUCUACGCCAAUAUGUCAACCACUCACCUGUUCUGAGGAAGGUGUUUCUGAAGCUCAGUCUGGUGGAUUGGUGGUCCGAACUCACGACCAAUCAGUUGAUGGCAUUAGUCGAAAUUAGCAGUGGAGGUUCCGUCAGUAUUGACUUCUACUAGAAUUUAAGGCUGGCGGGUUUCUACAAUAGUGUGCAAUGUUGAAUGAAACUGCUGCAAAGUGUUGCAAGCUCUAUCCGAUGGAUGAAAAUGUUUGUGACCCAAAUAAGUUUUCCUGUGUUUUAAUUGGAGAGGAUCAAACUUGUUUAUGACUAUAUGUUUAGUCUGGAAUGUGGAUGUUGUUUUUGACAAUGAAAUAAAGGUUACAUGGUA